AUGGACGUAUCAAGCAAAGAUGACAGCGCCUACCGAAUCCUCCUACAAAACAAAAUCCGCUACCUAACAAUCCGUCCCGGGACAUUUAACCGCUCAACCCUAUUAACACCUCUCAGCUCACUACCCAACCUCCCAGGAGACGAUGCCUGGAACUGCGCACUCAUCAACCGAGACCCAGCCAGCGGCGAACUCACCAUCGAACCACAGAACCGUAAUCUUACCGGCAUAACAAACAUCUGGCAUUCGUUGCAAAUUGACUGUCUUCAGCUAAAAAGGAAAAGACAGCUUACAGCUACUGCAUUCGAAGCAACCUACUGCGGCAGCGAGCUACCAAGCACUACUACAUCGGAAGAGAACAAAACAGUCAUUGUCAAAAUUGCCCGAUUUGAGUGGGAAAUACCCCGUCUAUCGCGGGAGACUUCUAUAUAUAAACAGUUACAAGACAUCUAUGAUCUUACUCCGCGCUUUUUGGGUCAUGUGCAUGAGCAUGGGCGUGUCAUUGGGUUUAUACUUGAAACGAUUGAGGGGCGGGAAGCGGGGAUUGAGGAUCUUGUGGGGUGUCAAGCUGUGUAUAAUUUUGUUGUUCGGGGUGAUGGUACGGUGAGGUUGAUUGACUUUGAGAGUAGUUGGCUAGAUAAGGCUGCGACUGCCAUUAUGCGUGCUGAGAUGGAGAGUCUAGGUGAGCAGUUGGUGGAGGGGACAGGACGGGGUGCUUGUUUUGCUCGGUCGGAAUAGGAUUGGGUAGCAGAUACACAUCU